AUGGCCAACUCUGGUGUUCAGCUGCUGGGCUUUUUCCUGUCCUUAAUUGGCAUCGUCGGACUGAUCAUCGGGACGAUCCUGCCCCAGUGGAAGAUGUCCGCGUACAUCGGGGACAACAUCAUCACAGCGGUGGCCAUGUACCAGGGGCUGUGGAUGUCAUGCGCCUUCCAAAGUACCGGACAGCUCCAGUGUAAGAUCUACGACUCCAUUCUGCAGCUCGACAGUUCGCUCCAGGCCACUCGUGCCUUGAUGAUAGUUGGCAUCAUUGUGUCCGUCGCAGGCCUGGGUGUGGCCUGUAUGGGAAUGAAGUGCACCACCUGUGGAGGGAGCGAAAAAGUGCGCAAGUCCCGCAUCGCCAUGACAGGAGGCAUCAUCCUACUCGUGGGAGGGCUGUGUGCCAUCGUAGCGUGCUCCUGGUUCGCUCAUAAUGUGAUCCGGGCUUUCUAUAAUCCCUACACUCCAGUCAACACCAAGUUUGAGUUCGGCGCCGCCAUCUUCAUCGCCUGGGGCGGCUCCCUCCUAGACGUCCUGGGCGGGGCCAUGUUGGCCGCAUCCUGUCCACGAAAGAAACAGGCGUCUAAGUACCCGUCCAUGGGCACUACCCGCUCUGGUCCGCCGAGCAGCACUAAAGAAUAUGUCUGAGAGCGCCCCCUACAGCUUUGGACUCCAACAGAAGCUUAGCCCCCCCGCGCCCCCAUUCCCCAUCCCUCCUCUCAUUUUUGCAGCGAAGAGUAAAACUGAAUGUGUAUACGGGAAGUUGUGAAUCAUAGAGGCAAAGAAUUACUGAAAUGGGACUUUCUUUUCUUUCUUUUUUUCGUCAGGCAGACCUUCGAUAACCCCUCGAUUAUCACGCAGCACUCUCAAUUG